GGUGUUAAUUUAUAUGCAAACCCCUUGGCAAAAGUGGUAUGAAUACUUCAUUGUGUGUCUUGACAACUCUGUCAUGUGGACUUAUCUGAAUAACUUAAAUAUUCAGCUCGACAACUCGACCUGGCUUCGCUAUACCCUGUUCAUUGGCUGUGGUUUUAUCGUUAUAUUGGUAUAGCAUAGCCCACAUGUUGAAUUGGAAUACUAUAUAGCCUAGUGCGUAGAGAAUAUUGGCGAUGUUAUAGUUCGCUAUAUAGCUAUACAGUACUUAAGUUUCGUUGAACACGAAUGAAUUGAAUAUAAGGCUUGCUGUAUACUGUACUUGGGUGUUUUAAGUUUGGAGCAGAACUUGAAAGGACUUCAAUGGGACAUAAUUUAGAUAUACUUUGAAGUUUUAAGCAAGGGGAAAAGGAUUGGUUGUGUUUGUAUGAAUUAUCUCGAUCUGAUACUGGCUGAUAUAUCAUUUAAGUGUUGCUCAUAUAGUACCUUACUAGGAUGGUGUAAAGUUUGAAUAGUCGUGAAUUAUCAUAUAAAACUUGUGGAAAUCAUUUAUUUGAAAAUGGAUAUACCUGAAACUAUACCUGAUGAUUGGAUUUUAUUUCUGUCAAAGAGUGAAAGCCCUUCCCGUAAGCGCCGCAAGACAUCAGGCGGCAUUGUGGAUCUAACGAACACGUCCCCAAGUCCCCCGACAUUGCCUGCACAAUGUGAAUCUGGACCCUCGGACAGCGUACGCUUAAGGCGGCGGAAUCCUAGCCAGCGGCGACCAUCGGGGGAACGUGCUCACACGCCAAGGGGUAGACGGAGUCCGGGUACACUAAGAAGGUCAGCGCGAGACCGUCACCCAGGUGGUGCCCGGGGGGAGGGGUCCCCGGAGAGACGGGCAUUCCAACCCCCUUUGGCGACCCCACACAUCCAUCCUGCAGCCUUGCCCCUUCAGCAACAUCAGACACAGCUCUUGCUGGAUGUAGAGUCGCAUAUGUUGCAGGUACAGGCCGCCGCUCCAAUGAACCUUGCACCUUACGCCAUGCCAAUAUGUACGGGACCACAUGGAAUGCCGGUGUGCACAACUGCCGCCCGAAUUCCCGUCUGUGCUGCAGGAAACGGGCAGCCAACAUGGUCGUUUCCAGCCGCGUGCAACAUACAGCACAUUCCUGCGUGCAAUCUUCCGCAGUUUCCCUUGACGACGCAUCACCAUCCAAGUGUUCCGCACAUGUUUUCUAUGGCUCACCAUCCCCAGCCACACCCUGCUCACCACCAGCCUUCCCGCCCACACGGUGCCCAGCAACAACAGCAUCAUCAUCAUCAGCAUCAGCAGCAGCAACAACAGCAACAACAACAACAUCAACAACAACGGGUUCACUAUCAUAAUCAACAGCAUCAUCAUCAUCAACAACAGCAACAUCAACAGCCUCAUUUAAAUAGAAAUCAUCACCCACAGCGUCGCCCAGAAGAUGAGGGUAGCCUAUUGGAGCGACUCCAUGCCCGCGCUCCACCGCCCUACCCGCUGAACCCAGGGAGGGGAUAUCCCCACCCACCAACUCUCACCCCGUCACCACCUCUCAUUCUUCAGGAGCCUGCUGUACACCCGGCGCCUCAUGACAUUUUUGGCCCAUUCCAGAGGUUAUACGCCCACCACCAGAGGUCGCUGGGUCGACGGUCCAUGAGGAAUUUUCCCCCACCACCUCAGCCCUACCCUGGCUUCCUACUUCACUUCCUGGCAAUGUUGGGAAAUCCCCCAAUGCCUCCAUUUGGCCGAGAAGUCGUCCAUGACGAAGCGACAGAAGAAAACUAUGAGGCCCUACUCAAUCUUGCGGAACGACUCGGAGACGCAAAGCCUAAAGGACUGUGUAGAAUGGAGAUCGAACAACUUCCUGCCUACCGCUUUAACGGGGAAAAUCUACGCAAUGGUGCAGAUCAGACGUCGUGUGUCGUCUGCAUGUGUGAGUUUGAGAAUCGACAGAUGUUACGAGUACUACCAUGCUAUCAUGAGUUCCACGCAAAGUGUAUCGACAAAUGGCUGAAGACAAACAGAACAUGUCCAAUUUGCAGAGCAGACGCAUCAGAAAUAGGCAGCCAAUCGGAUUAAUCCUGGCCAUGCAGAAGAUCAGUGGUGCAUUGAAAUUUUCAUGCAUCGUAAAAUUUGCAAAUUAAUGUGCUAAAUGUGUCUAUACACUAUUAUGUUCUGUACUUAUACUCUGUACCUGAAAGCACAUGAUUGAAAUGUGGGGUUUUGUGUAACUGUCGGAAAGCUUCUCAAAAAAAGUGCUUCGUUACACUAUAGCUGUUGUGUUUUGAAAUUAUGUGCUUGUGUUUAAUUGUUAUAAUUCUUGUACAAUGGUUAUGUGAAGUUGUAAUGUAAUAUUUUGACAUUUUUUUGGUAUUAAUUUUGUAUUAAAUGUAAAAUUAUAUUAGUAAUUUCCGGUUAAAUUCUAUAUUAAAUACGUUAAUUUGUCCAUAUUUAAAUUCUGUUAAAAUUGCUCAUUUUUCAUCUUGUAGCUUUUGUUUAUAUUUUGUUUAACAAUUAAAUCUUGAUCCGCAUGAAGACAUUUCAUAUAUUGUACUUUUAAGGCCAGAGAAGAAUAAUUUUUGAAUUAACGUCUGCAUUGAAUUUGAAAAAGAUGGGAUGAAUGGAUUUUAUUUUUGAAUUCUUUCUUGACAUGGGUUCAACUUAAACGUUGAAAUAUUGGCAUUAUUUCUCUAUUUUUUCUACUAUUUCUGUUGAGGCCAAAAUUUUGUUCUUAAAAAAAAGUGAGGGGAGCUUGUUUCAAGUUGGGAAGGUGGGGGAAUGAGAGUAUAUAUAUAUUUUUUUUUGGCCUCAUUUAAAAUUCUAUAAUUACAAAUUAAAUACUUCUAUCGGAAAAUAUUAGAUCUUUGUAUUUCCUGUAUAGCUAGUGUACUAUAUAACAGCUUGAGAAAUGAUAAAAGGCGUUCAAGCAUAAUUUAUUUUAUUUAUCACUAUUUGUAACGAGUACAAGAAUAAUUCCAUCAGGCCACAUUUUAUUAAUUAUUUGUUUGGCAUUUCCCAACUUCCAUUUUUUUCCUUAACCAUUGGAGAGGCUAAAAAUAAAGUUGGGUUGCUGGUAUAUUUGUAUAUCAGUUGGAAAAUGCCAAAAAACUAAAUAUUUUUUUUAUUGUGGCCUCAGUGUAUUUAAAGUAGCCUUCAAGGCUUUAGUGCUUAGAAAUUAGCAGAUUAGACAGGAGAAUUAAAUUGUUUAUGUUGAAGAAAUUACCAUUGAGUAUUCAUACAUAAUUUUAUACACUAAUAGUAUAUUGGAGAAAUAUUUGACUACACCAAGUUUUGUUAUCAUAAAACAAUGCAAGUUUCGGUAGCAUUACAGAAAUAUAUUACAGUCGAACCCCAUUGGCUCGAACUUCCAGGGACCAGCGAAAAUACUUUGAGCCUCGGAAAAUUAAGCCAAGUGGGAAUGUUAACCUUCAGUAGAAAUAAAUUGGUCCAUUACAUCCAGUUCGGGCCAAUGAGAAGUUCGAGUCAACGAGGAGUUCGAGCCAAUGGGGUUCGACUGUACAUUGUUUUAAUUUUUAAACUAUUGUUUCCUUAAGAAGAACACCAAUGUUUCUUAAUUGUUAUGUUGUUUUUGUUUGUUUGGAAUACCGAAAAAAUGACUGUUUAAUAAUAAUAUAUAAUUUGGUUUAAAAUAAUUCAAUUGUCAUGUUCCAAUAAAAUUACAAGAAAGUUGUUUAUCUGGAGUAACAAGUAAUACAAUUUUGUGGUUGUUUCGCUCUUGAUUUCUUUUUCUUUUCUUUUUAUUCUUUGAUUGGUCAAGUUUUUGUGAGGCAAAAGAAGGUUCAAAAACUGUACCUGUUUAAUGUUCGAAGAAUGAUUUUUUCCCCCGUUAUUUCCCUUUUUUAAAAUCUUUGAUUGGUUCAAGUUUUCUUUGAGGCAAAAGAAUUAUCAAAAACUGUGCCUGUUUAAUGUUUCAUUAAAUUAAACUCACCAUGAAAAAUUGUUCGCGUUUCAUUUAGCUUUUAUUUCCAUUCUUUUUGUUCAGGUAAGCGAUUCAUGUUAUAAGUUCAUUACGUUUGUUCACUCUUUGUUCAUCCUCUGUUAUUGAUUGAUGUUAAUGAUGAUGAUAAAUGUUGUGUUGACGCUGAGUUAAACUGUUUUGCAUUAUUGCAAAUUGUUCUUUUUAAAAAUCUUUGUCGAUUACCAUUGGUAUUGUAUGUUAUUUCAUUUCAGAUUAUAUCCCCAUUUUAGUUAUUACGGAAAUUGUUUGUUUAUUGUGAAAGCACUUUUAUUUGUUGCUUUAUCGUAAAAAAACCUUUUUCAUAGCACUUUGUUUAAAACUACUGAAGAAUGUUUCAAUUUUGCGGAAUACGUGUUUGCUAUUUCUUGAUUGAUUCUGGCAAUUUUCGCAAGCUUUAAAAUUCCUGACGCCAUAAUUACAUCAUCGAUAAACAUUGAUGAAUUAUUAACUCAGUAAAAUAAAAUUUGGAAAUUUGCGUCCUUAGUGGUUUGCCAAUAACAGCAAAGGUUUAACACUCACAAAAUAGCAAUUAUCUACAGUAUUUCUUUUUAAGAGAUCUAACAACAUAGGGAAGUUUUUUUGGACUAUAUACGGUACCAAACUUUGUGCACAAUUGCGGAGUUGUAAAAAAUGCAAUUCACCUAAAUCUGUUGGCCACGGCUGUAUUUACAAAUUUUAAAAUCAAAAUGUCAUCUGCUGAAAAUUUAUUUCACAAUUUGUAUUUAAUGAAAUUCUACAACUAAAACCAAAUUUUUCAAACCAAGUUUUGACAAUGAUUUUUAUAAUCAUUACUUUUCAAUUAUCUCCUACUUUGUAAAGGUAUGAAAUUUUAUGUAAUCAUGGGUAAAAAUGCUAAUAAAAUUUUUAAAUUUGAAAAACCUUUUUCAACCUUAUUUACUAACCUGCUCUAUAUAACUUUUACUAUGGUAGUAAUUUUUGGGGUUUAAAGUUGUAAACCGAAAAACAAAUACUAGACUUUUGAAAUUGAAUAAGAUAAAAAGCUGCUUUUUUCACAUGCAGUUAUUUUGGGUGAAUACUGUAUACUACAAGACUUUAAACAAUUGUGGAAAUCUAGGAUUUUAAUGUAAAGCAGUUUUGAUUGGUCCAAACCAUAGGUGUCAGUAUCUGUCAAGAGAUGGUGGAAAAAGGUAUAUCCAGGUGGCUGUUACAAUAAAGAUCUAAGUCAAUUUUAGGCAUAAAAAGAUCCUAGUGGCAGAGUUUCAUAAUUUUGCCACAUAUUUGAGUGAAAUGAACAGCCCUGAAAAUGAACACAAAGUUUAGGAAAUAAAAACAAUCAAUGUAUUUCCGUUUGUGAAGUUUAAACAGAUUUAACCUAAAAUUAUAAAUUGAAGUUACGACUGUUGAAACGGCCCCAAUAUUGUUAUUUUUCAUCAUCGCUGAUUGAUACUGCCUUCUGUGGUAUAUACAUGCUUUCACAAUAAUAAUAUGCUUGUUUGAACAUUCUAUUUUGUGAAGUCCUUUACGGCUAAAGAGAAACAUACUAUAUUUGAUAUCAGUAUUAGAAAAAAAGAAUUUUGUUGUACAACCAUAAAAAAAGAGAAUAUUAUAUAUUUUAUGUGGUUUGGUUGCCCAAAUGGGAAAAAAAUAUUGUUUGUUUGAAAAUCGUUAACAAUGAUAUGACAUGUUUACGAUACCUGUUGAUAACUUUUGAAAUAAUUAUCAUUAUGUAAAUUAAGGUGUCUGAUACACAAUUAAGUUAAUUUUGUAUGCUUGAUGACCCCAUUCUAUUUUUGGUAUCAUUUCAAAGGGUUUAUAUGUAGAGAAAUUAUUAAAAAUAUACUGACACUAAAAUUGCAAACAAGCUCACUGGUCUUUGAAGACAUGUUUGUUUUUCUUUCAAAUAAAAAACAAGAACAUUUUCUAUAUUGGCAUUUAGACAGCAUUACCUACUCCAAUGAUAACAAACUAAUAUGGGAUCCUAAAAGAUGAAAAGAUAUAACAUUAUCUCUAAUGAUACAAGAAAACUAUGUCUAGGAUAAUUGUUUGUUUCAGUGUAAGAUCGUAAUAUAUUUGACUGAGCGAGCACCAAAAUUAUGUUUCAUGAGUGGUGUAGUGUUUGAUUUGGAACCGAGGGCGGGCUUAAAUUUCAAUACAGUGAAAAAUAUCAAAUUGAUAUUUUCACCGUUUGAAACCGUGAAAUAUCAAUUUUAUUUCACUGAUAAAUCUCUAUAACUCACUUGAAAGCAUAUAAUAAAUGCUUACUUGUACAUUAGACACCUUAAACUCCAUCAGAUUCUGAUCAUAGGCCAGUAUAUCUUAAUUGUUUGCUUCCAUAAAAGUCUUUGUGCUAUAUCUUCUAGCUUCAAUAUUUCUUUGACAUUUUUUGUGUAUUGGGUUGAAUAGAGCAGACGAAAAUUGUUGUAUAUGCAUAUAUUACAUGUAUUGUCAAUGUGUCACAAAUUUUUACUAUCAGAAUUCCUCAUACAUGUAAAAAGAAAAUGCAAAUGAAUUUUUUUUUCACAAGUUUCAUUUAAUUUUUAUCCAUUUCAUAUUUUAAGCGAUUUUUUAGUCUCAUUUCAUAUGGAAAAUAUGCAUAAUUUAUCAGAAAAAAUAAUGAUGCAACGUCAAUUUUAAAUGUCCAUACACAUGUGACAUGCAAUUAUUCAUGUUUAACAUUGUCAAAAUUGAAUAGCUUUGUAAAUAUGAGCCCCUGCUAAUUAUAGGGUAAUUUUUUUGUGUCUGUCGUAAACCUACUCUGAAAUUUGAAUUUAUAUGUAAUGGUUGUUUCUAAGUUGAAUAUGUUUAUGAUUAAUUUCUUUGUAAAAUGUGGGUAUAUCAUCUUGUGUAUAUGUUGUUUAAAGAAUUUAUAAAAGUUGUAUUUUUAGAGAAGAAAUGUCUUGAAUAUUCUUUGAACUAUCAUAAUACGGUAAUUAUGUGAACAUUUUUUUGUUUGAAAAGAAAUAUAAUUAUGUGAACUAAAUCUACCUCGAAUAUUUCAGGUAAAAAGUAUUGCUAUUCUUUUUAUAAGGUGACAUUCUGAUAUAAAAACAUUGUCAAGUAGUUGAGUAUUAAACAUUUUUUUUUAUAUAAAAGUAGAUUGUAAGUAUUAAAGCUGCACUGUCACAGAUUGAAAGUUUUGAAAACUUCUUAAUUGUUUGUCUUGGAAUGAGCCUAACUGCGUAAAUGUCUGAAAACCAUUGAUAUAAGACAGCUGAUAAAAGAUAAGAUAACAGUUUUUAAUAUUUAUGCUCAAAAAUUAAUGUUUUAUGGCUUAGGCUAUGAGAAAAUAAAAGAAAAUUUGGGCAGUUUUCAAAACAAUUGAGUUCAGGUUUUUGUAUAUGACUGAUUUGAAAACACUGAAACAAAAUUCAGCUGAUUCUGAGACAAAAAAUGAAAAAAUUAUCAAAUUGGUCAAUCUGUGAGACCGCAGCGUUAAUUUUUUCCCUGUGUAAUAGGUAGAAAAUGAAUAUCAAUCAUACAUCUUAAAAUCAUACAGAUCCUUACAGUUGAAAACACCAAUGCAAAAGAUAUUGGCUGUUAUUUUGUUCGUGACAUGGCACUGUUGUAAAGCCAUUAUCCGGGGGUUCUAAAAUUCAGGAUUUUAAGAGCUAUUAACUUCAGACUAUUGAAUAGUUGUAAAGAUUGUUGUUUUUUUUGUGGCAAAUUUGCAUCAGAAACAGUAGAAAUUAUCUAAAAGGAAUAUAAAUGACUUUGGAAACAGUUUCAAAUGUUAAAGCUCCUUUACCCUGCCCCUGCUUUGCAAUCAAUCUCACACACUCAAACAGACCCUGGGCUAUUUUUCAUGAUAAACAAUUAUCAGCCAGUUUGACUAAGUAAUAAUUUUGUGCUCGAAACCUUGUUAUUAAAAAAUAUGUUACUACGUUAAUUUUUUUAACCACUUUUAAGCUCUCUAGAAAACAGUAUUUAGAGUAACAAUAUUUUUUUAUGAUGCAUUUCAUGCUGUAAAAUAACGAUAUGCACUCACACAGUCUUUUUGUGAUUAUUAAACCCAAGGGAUGCAACUCUUAUAUCUUGAGCAAAAUUUGUUUUCAGUUGUGAAACUCUAUAAUGUUUAAGUUAACAGGUGACCUGGCACCAGCUAUCAUCCCUAAUAUAGAUUUAACUGUAGAAGUAUUAUUAUUUUUUAAUAAAAUUAAAAGCUGAUUUUUCAAAAAUCAAGAAGGUAUGUUUUUUAGAUCAAUUGGUGCAUUAUUGAUUGACCUUUUUUUCUUCUACUGCAUUACAUCUGUUAAAAUAUGAAGUUCUUUAAGAUAAAAUGAAUAAAAAUGAUAAAAUGAAAAAAGUAUAUUUGGCCUAUCUGUUUUUUAAUAAAAAGUCAAGGUAUUGUCAUUUCUCUGGAAUAGUCAUCAGCUGUUUGAGUGUAAUCUUGUAAACAAUUGAAUCCUACCCAUAACACAAAAAAGAGAUUCUAAACAUACAAAUGAAACUUGGUACAUAUGUUGUUAAAAACAAGGAAGCAAGGGCAAUAGCAUUUGGUUUUAUAUCUGUUGAGUUCUGCCCCUUUUUGACUGAAAGACUCAGAAACAGAAGAGGGUUGGCAUUUGCGCUACGACGCUCUUGUUUGACUCUCGUUUGUAAUAAAUUACUGAUCAGUUCAUGUAAAAGAGUGUCAUUAUCAUAAAAAGUGUAAAAAUUCAUGUUUAAGUGUUUGUUUUGUGGGCCCUGUACUAGCAAAAGUAGUCUGCUUGUUAUUAUACCCUUGCACUGUACGUAAUGAAACUUAGUAAAACCCUUUAUUUUGUUUUCUCAAAUGUUUAUAUUGAAGAUUCUUUUAAAAAGCAAUAAAUAUAUUCUUAACUGA